AAAAGAAAACAAUCAUUCGCCAGCCCGGACCUCGACAAGAGCAACAGAACCAACCUUUCCUGCACCAUACUCUAGAGAUCUCUAAACCAUCGUCUUCAACAGUCUUCAUCUGACCGUUCCUGGAUUGAUUAUCUUUAAAAAUGAAAGGCACCAUACUCGUAACCGUGGUGGUCCUUGGUUUGGUGAUCGCUCACGUGACUGCGGCCAACUUGGAACAUCUCUUCGAUGAUGAAGGGGACCUUCAAAUGUAUCUGGAUGAGGAGGCCGUAGAUGACGUCCUGGCUGCUAGCUGGUUCUCACAUGCGAUCCACAAUGCCGGUUCCUGGACUAAGAAGGCGGUCCACGAUGCCGGGGAUUGGACCAAGAAAGCCGCACAUGAUGUCGCGGGUGCUGUAAAGAAGGGGUGCGGUGUGGUCAACUCGCUGCCUUUUAAGGAGCUGGUUAUGCGUAGGAAUGAGGCUCUACGCAAACGUGGGAUCAGUGAAGACCAGCUUGCCGCUGCAUUAAAAGGCUACAAGGGCCUCAAGCAAGUCUGCCACGUUGUGGGUUAAAUAUCAAAAGAGGACAAGGACGAUUGAAAGGAAACACACGGAGCCCGCCUUCCUCAUGUAAAUUCAUCAACAUUUUGUCUGUUUAUCAUUUCCUCAUACUCAGACACUUUAAUUAAGCCUAUGAUGUCUGGUCGCAGUUGAUUUACCGAUUAGCAAAAUCACUGCAGUUCUUAAUUUUUGUUUUCCACUUCAAAAUGAAAUGUAUUUAAAAUCCAAUAAUCUUUCAUAGCUCACCGUAAAUAUUUUGCGUAACGGAAAGGGAUAAAUAUGAAUGAUUGACGUUUUGAUGAUCAUCGUAAGUAUACAAAUUUAAGAACCCACCGAUUCUUCCCCUCCGAAUGCAGCUUGAAAAAAGUAUGAUGACUAAGAAACUCCCGUACUAAUUUCACGAAACUUCAAAUUUAAAAUAAUAAAGAAUAAUUUGUUUACAUUCCAUCAAAAAGAGUAUUGCUGAUCGUUCGUCUGAGGAGUAGAUUAUAAUAAAUUAUCGAGUAGAAAAGAAAA